AAAGACAGUGGGAGAUGGUCAGCUUUAAAGCGAACCUGCUACCUCGAGAGAUCGAGCAAGUCGCACCAAAUUUAGUCACCGUCUCCUGCUGCUGCAGUUAGCAGUAUCUGCAGCUUCUUGCGCGAUCUGGUGGUUCUUUGAGGGCCGCGCGUACUAAAGACCGUUCUAUGACUGGCCGAGAAAAUCCGCUAAAUCCUCAUGUUGCAGUACGAACAAGAGCUUUCGGAGCGUUUGGGCUUCGCCCUGGACUCGAACAACAAUUCCAGUGGUGUUGCUGGAAAACGGGGUGAAAAGUACGGGUUGAGACCGCGCACGAUUCGCCGGAAGAAUGUCCUGUCGGACUUUGAAGAAAUCCCGUUGGUUCAUUCCAAGAAGUGCCACUCGGAGAAGGUGGCCAAGCCGAAAUCUGCUCCUCUGAGCAAAUAUCGCCGGAAAACUGCUAAUGCGAGGGAGCGCACUCGCAUGAAGGAAAUCAACCAGGCGUUCGAGACGCUUAGGAAGGCCGUGCCUCAGAUCACUCCCAAUCUGCAGCAGAAUGAAAAACUGACAAAAAUCACCACCCUGCGUCUUGCCAUGAAGUAUAUUGCAGCCCUUUCGGCCGCCCUGAGCAGCAGUCCGGCCGAGUUGCCUCAUCAGGACAUUUUUUCUGAGUGCUCCGAGCUGGAAUCCUUUCUGCUGGAGUCGGAUGGCGAAUCUUUGCCGGUAAAUAGUGACUUGUCCGAUCACUCGCUUACUCCGCAGGAGUUUUGCGUGGACUUUGAUGACUCGCUUACUUCCGUCGAUUUUUCCUCCGACUUUUCCGACCAUUUGCCCUUCGACACUUACCUGAAUGACUUCAGCUAACGCCGGCUGAGCCUAGGGCGGGUUUAGGAACUUUGUGAUAUUUUUAGGGGGUAAUUUUGGGGAGUUUUUCUACUACUGUACAUUUGGCCGCCCAAUCGGGCGGCAGCAAUCGCUGGCAGCUUUAUCAUGUAUUAUACAAAGUUUUCGUUAUUAGGUCAUACAUAAUUUUAGCAGCAAAAUUGUGCAAAUCUGCAUCGCACUCUAGGUAAUUAUUAGACUAAUUUAUUUGUGUACAAUCUUCAUGUCUUUCGUGCCAUAAUACUGAAUGCCCUGAACAACCGGCCGUCUUUUGCCUGAUUUUUUGGGGUGGAGAAAGUGGCCGCGUUUUUUCGGUCAUUCCUGUAUCUAUUGUGUAUAUUUUUUCGUUUAUCACGUGAAACCAAGUGCCUUAUUUCCAUUUAACGUUGUAAGUCCUUUGAUACGACGAUGUAGAUUUAGGAUUUUUUUGUGUAAUGUUUCAAUAAAUAGACUAUUUUUUAUAUUU